AUGUCAUUUUCGGGCACACCGUUAGGUCAAGGCAGACGUCUCGAUCACAACACUUUUCUAGGGAAACCCCCAUCCACCGGUGCCGUUCCACCUUCAUACGCUUACGGAGCACCGACACUUGGCUCUCGAUCGCCGCCAAAGCCCACAUCUCCUUCGCGAGACGGAGGAAGACAUCCAGACGAGGAGAACGAACCCGCACUCGCUCGCUUUGCCCGCCUCAAACAACGAGAAUCAGCACUCGACCCCGCACAUCGUCCCGGCGCACCGAAGAUCAUUACAUCACCCAAUCCAGAGCAUUGGUCUGUCAAGGAUACAUCAGUGAAGAUUGCAACUGCCUUCAGCCAAGCAGCCAACGGCGACAUGAGCGCUUCCUACAACCACAACAACUCUUGGGCCUCGACCUCCCGAACCAACGUCGUACCUCGUAGCACGUCCGUUGAGUACGAGGCCAGUGCACCAACAACUAUCAAUCGCAAGCUUGCCCCUCCUCCGGACAGGUUCAACCGCAACCCCAAUGGUGUCCGGAAACCGCUUUCCAAGACCACCUCAAUACGGCACGUGCCCGACUCUGAGGGAGAAGAAGACUCGGUGGGAGCCAACGGACGGGGAAAGAGCCCUUUCGAACAAGGCGUAAAUUUCGCUAAACAAGCUUUAAGCGCAGCGGCCUUCUACGUUCGCCAGCGCUCUCAUGAACCCGAGGAGACAUCUGGAGAGCAACGUUCCGUGAACGGAACCAACAAUGGCAACGACUCUAGCUACGACUACGCAGCGGAGGAGACGGCCUUCCAAUCGCAGAAGAAAACCGCUGCCGCUCAUAAACGCAACCGCAUGUCAACGGACAACAAGGCGUACAAGCCUUCUGCCUCGAGCGAAGAGGAAUCGGAAUUAUCAGAGGGAGGAAAGACGAAGAGGAGGAGGAGGAAGAUGAAAAAAGGGCCUUUAGGUGGGCCGUUAACGAGUUUGCCCACGUUUGGUGCCGACAAGAGGAGGAAGAAGAAGGGACGAGCUUCGAAGGGCAACAUCGGUGGUCCUGAAGGAGAAGAAAGUGAAAGCGAGGAAGAUAACACGCAAGUGGAAAACCAAUCUCAAACAUCACAACAACGAAACUCUGUGCUUCGCACAACCAACCCUCCACAAUCUCGCGCGUCCGUAUCGCGACUAUCACAAGAACCAUCUCUGCAGCAUGACCCAGAUGAUUCCUUGUUGUCCGCUGAGCAAGGUCUCCACUCUAUUCCCGAAGUAGAAGAGGAACUCCUUACCGCAGAACCAGUCCGCGCGUCAUCACAGCAACGCCGCGGUCGUUCACGUACACCAGCACCUUAUGCGCAACCCUCAGCACCCUUCUCUAUUGGUGGCCUCUUGGGCAGGAUCGUCCACGUCGUCAUCAAGCUAUUCGUUUGGUUCUUCUCUGGCAUGCUUUCCUUCCUGAGCAUGCUUACCUUCCUAUUUGGGCAAGUGUUCGGGACGACCUUCGACGUGAUCCUCCGGCGACCAGCAGCAUGGGCACGAGGAGCAGGUCCAUUGCUGAAGUAUUUGGUGCCUGGCCUUGUUCUUGUUGCGUCAUGGUAUGCCCUUCAAAGCAUCCCUAUCGCCUCCUACAUCCCAGAGUUAUCUUUCCCAUCUCGAUCGCCUACAUAUCAGUCGCCCGGAGUCCCACCCGUCGAUAUCGCUGACUUCUCAGAGCGUCUCCUACGCGUCGAGAAAGUCCUUACCGGAUUGUCUGCCACUACGGAGCAGGUGAAGGCCAGAUCGGAGGACGGGGACAAGAACUUUUCCAAGCUGCGGAGUCUGUUGAAGUCCCUGGAAGACAGACUUGAGGUGGAGACCAACAAAGUUCGCGAUGCGGAAGCGAAGUCGAGGGACGCGGUCCGCAAGUCGAUCAAUGGCGUUAAACAUGAUGUCGAAAUCCUCCAGGCGCAGCUUACCGCCCAACAGAAACAAGAUCAGAAGACACCAGGCGAUAUCACUGACGAGGAAGCUCGUGCUAAACUUAAUGCAUUGGAGAAGCGAGUUGGUGGGGUAGAAGGAGACGUCAAGGAAGCGUUGGAGUUGGGCAAGAAAGUCGCCACAGCGCCUCCUCCAGCAGCUGCACCAACGGUCCCAGGAGCCGCCUGGUGGAACAAGCUAGCAACUGGUGCUGGCUCCAAGACAGGUCUCCAGAUCAAAUCGUCGGAUGGACAAGACGUGACAGCCCUCAUCUCGCACCUCGUCGACAAUGCAGUGACUAGGGUGGGCAAGGACGGCAUCGCGAAGGCGGACUACGCGAUGCAUUCAGGUGGCGCACGGGUUGUCCCGUCGCUGACAUCGCCCACGCUCGAGAUCAAGCCGAACGGAUUCACUGCACAGGUGAUGAGCCUCUUCACUGGGUCAGGGUCCGCCAUUGGACGCAUGCCUGUGGUCGCUCUGCACCCCGACUCGCACAACGGACUCUGCUGGCCCUUCGCUGGCCAACAAGGACAGCUAGGUGUCGCGCUCGCAGCCCCGGUUUUCGUGGAGGAAGUGACGGUCGACCACCUGUCGAAGGAUGUCGCGUACGAUAUGCGCAGCGCCCCUCGCGAGAUGGAAGUCUGGGGCAUGGUUGAGGGCAAGGACAACAUCGGGCGGCUCAAGGCGUGGAAGGAUGAACGUGCGACACGCAAAGAGAUGGGUCAGGUCGACGAGUACGAAAGCGUGGUCUACCCCAAGACGCUGCCGAAUCAUCCCGAGUACAUCCGCCUCGCAAACUUCACGUACGACAUCCACGCACCGCAGUAUGUGCAGACGUUCCCUGUGGACCCGGAGAUCAAGGCCCUGGGAAUUGACUUUGGCAUCGUCGCGCUCCGGGUGUUGAAUAACUGGGGACGGGACGAGUAUACGUGCCUCUACCGGUUCAGAGUGCAUGGUCAACGGAUUGGUGAAAUUCCCGAGCCCUAUUCCGGACGUGUCGAGGAUGGGUCUGACGCCUCAUCAUAA